UGCAUUAAGGCGAGGGGGCUUCCAGACCUCAGCCAACAGCCAGGAGCAGUGACCGAGCCGCCGGAGCUGGGGUGAGACACGCCGGGCCGGCGGACUGGGCCAGGAGACCAGGAACCAAGGGACGCUUGUCCAGGGAGAAACAGCAAGGAACCGCAGCCGGGGCGGCAGCCCGUGCCGACUUGUUCCAGCGCGCAGAACUGUAGCCGCUGCGCCAGGACGUGUUUUUCCUAAAGCUCUCCAAGCGACUCCUCCUCCCCCACCCCCCCCGCCCGACUCCUCCCGCUGCAAAAGAAAAAAAAAAAAGAAGAAGAAGAAGAAGAAGGAAGGAAAGAGGCUAGAAAGAUUUGCCACCACAACGGGAGGGGGAAAAAAGAGGGGGGAAAAGAAAAAGAAAAGAAAAAGUCAAGCGACUGUGGGGUUGGACGCAAGCAGCAGGAGCGGGGGCCAGCGAUGCGGGGCUGCGCGCCCGGACGGCCGGAGUUGUUGACCAGAGCCACGAUGCACGGCCAGGCGCGGUGAGGAGCCAGCGCGCAUUCCCUCCUCGAAAGAGCCCAGGCGUCGGGAGGGCAGUCCGACUGAGGACACACAAGCCGCCGGGCAGGCCACGGGGCCGAGGUGAUCGGGCCGGGGUGGCGGGCAGGAAGCGCGCGCACUUGGCUGAGUCCGCCGGGAGUUGUCUCUCUCCGUUCCCGACUGACACAAACACUUCUCCAAAGCGGGGGAGACCUAAGCUACUGGAGCAAUCUACAGGAGCUUCCUCCGGCCCUGCCCGCGCACCCUUGCGCCCCGGCCUGCCCUCGCCCCCGCCCCCAGACUCAGCGCGGGCGCCCUGUGCGCCCCUACCCACCCUCGCCGCGCGAUGCCGACAGUUUAGGAUCCAAAGCUUCUCUACUCGCUUCGUGCGCUUCCUUUCUUUAUAAUAAUAAUAAAUAAAUACGAAAGAGGAGAAAUCCCGGUGGCGGGCAGCCAGGCACGCGCUCACCCGCCCUUAGACCCCACAAAAGCAGAUGCACUUUGACUUCUGACAGCUCUACCUCAAGCCGGAGGGAACCCAGUGGCUCUUUCCCUGCAACCCGAGCUCGCCGCGGCGUCCGCGUCCUUCUCCGACUCCGUUCUUAUUUAUUUCCGUCCCUGUCCGCCACCUUUCUCGGUGACCUUCACUCCUCCGUGAGCUCCGAGCAGAAGAGUCUCAUUCUCGCCCGUCUGCGACUCAUCCCAUUGCUCCCGGAGCUGCGGCGGCGCUGCUGUGACCGGGAGCCCUGGGAUUUCCCGGGCUGCACACUCCACGGAGGGCGCCCCCAGCCCUUCCCCCACCCGCCUCGCCUCCACGGCUCCCAGCUUCUCCCCACUUUUAAUUUCCUAGUGCUGGGUUUUGGCUUGCACCACGGAGUGUGUCUCCUUUCUUGGAGGGACCAGGGAGCUUGUCCUCAGUCGGCUGCACAAGCCUUCCCGUCAGCUCUACCUGCCCUUCUCUUUCCGGGCCUAACCCGACCAAACCAAAGACCAUGGUGCACUGUGCCGGCUGCAAAAGGCCCAUCCUGGACCGCUUCCUCUUGAAUGUGCUGGACAGGGCCUGGCACGUCAAGUGCGUCCAGUGCUGUGAAUGUAAAUGCAACCUGACCGAGAAGUGCUUCUCCCGGGAAGGCAAGCUCUACUGCAAGAACGACUUUUUCCGGUGUUUCGGUACCAAAUGCGCGGGCUGUGCGCAGGGCAUCUCCCCUAGCGAUCUGGUCCGGAGAGCCCGAAGCAAAGUGUUUCACCUAAACUGCUUCACCUGCAUGAUGUGCAACAAGCAGCUCUCCACCGGCGAGGAGCUCUACAUCAUCGAUGAGAACAAGUUCGUCUGCAAAGAGGAUUACCUAAGCAACAGCAGCGUCGCCAAAGAGAACAGCCUCCACUCGGCCACCACGGGCAGUGACCCCAGUUUGUCUCCGGACUCCCAAGACCCGUCGCAGGAUGACGCCAAGGACUCGGAAAGCGCCAACGUGUCGGACAAGGAAGGGGGCAGCAACGAGAACGACGACCAGAACCUGGGCGCCAAGCGGCGGGGUCCGCGCACUACUAUCAAAGCCAAACAGCUGGAGACGCUGAAGGCCGCUUUCGCCGCAACGCCCAAGCCCACCCGCCACAUCCGCGAACAGCUGGCCCAGGAAACCGGCCUCAACAUGCGCGUCAUCCAGGUCUGGUUCCAGAACCGCCGGUCCAAGGAGCGCAGGAUGAAGCAGCUGAGCGCGCUGGGCGCACGGCGCCACGCCUUCUUCCGCAGCCCGCGCCGGAUGCGGCCGCUGGUGGACCGCCUGGAGCCGGGCGAGCUCAUCCCCAACGGGCCCUUCUCCUUCUACGGAGAUUACCAGAGCGAAUACUACGGUCCUGGGGGCAACUACGACUUCUUCCCGCAAGGACCCCCGUCCUCGCAGGCCCAGACACCAGUGGACCUGCCCUUCGUUCCGUCGUCCGGGCCAUCGGGAACCCCGCUGGGCGGCCUGGAGCACCCCCUGCCCGGCCACCACCCGUCGAGCGAAGCGCAGCGGUUCACCGACAUCCUUGCUCAUCCCCCCGGGGACUCGCCCAGCCCCGAGCCCAGCCUGCCCGGCCCGCUGCACUCCAUGUCGGCCGAGGUCUUCGGGCCGAGCCCACCCUUCUCUUCGCUGUCAGUCAACGGCGGGGCAAGCUACGGGAACCACCUGUCCCACCCGCCUGAAAUGAACGAGGCGGCCGUAUGGUAGCGGGGUCUCACCCUGUCCGCCGAGUGCGCUCUUGUACAGAAAUGAACCUUUUAUUUAAGAAAAAAAUAUAGAAAAAAAAAGAGAAAAAAAUACCCCACUUAAAAAGCAAGUCAUCCCCCCCCACCCUCCACCACCACCACCACCACCAUCACCUCCAGCCUUCCAGGACCAUUUUCCAUGGGGGGAGACCAGAUGAGAAAAGGGGGACAUGAAACAGGAUCCAAAUCUGCCUGGAGGUAGGACUGGGGUCCGCGUGUUGGCUGGCAAAGUGCAGAACUGGGGCUCGCAAAAGGAAACGCGGACUUCUCCUGGACCGCUCCCACCAGGACCCGGAUCCGCGGACACUCGCUGCGGGCGUGAGCGCCCCGUGGGCAAGGCGCCACGGACACCUACCCUGGCCGGUAGCUGGGGCAACCGGCCGCCGGUCGCGGCGGGAGCUUCGGGGAGGGAGGCGGAGUGGCUCAGCCGAGCGCGCCCCGGGUGAAGAGCCGCGGGCUCUCCCCGGCCUGCCCGCAGUGUUUUGACUCUGGGAAAUCUCAUUAAUGUGGGCUCAGAGUUCAGUCGACGCAGCAACAAACUCUCAUAGCUUCAGAAACGCCGACCUGCUGUGCAUCAGGUGGGACUAUAUAUAUAUAUUUUUUUGUUGUUGUCUAUCUGAUUUUGGUUUUGGUUUUGUUUUUGCCAAAAUUGCAAAAUUCUAAAUGUCAAGCCCUCAAUAUCAACUCUUCUACCUUCACAAAGCUCGAUCAACAUACAGAUAACACACACAGACAUGCUCUGUAGGACGGUCUCCAGCCAGACCGCUCAGUAAAAUGACUUGAACAUCAGCUGGUACAAGGAAAGUAUUCUACCUUCACACACAAAAAGUUUAAAAAAAAAAAAGACUAUUGAACUAAAAACAGUCAACUGUUUACGUAUAAUGUUAAAUUCAGGAGUUCAGUGUUUUAUUAAUAUAUCCUGUUUUGAAACCUCUUGUUCAAAAAACAAAAUGUUUUGAGCAAUCAACCAAAAUUGUUCAUUUUCUUUUUCUGUAGAUGUUUGACAGAUUUGCAGGGCUCACAGCUCACUGUGCUAGUAUGUGAAAAAGUGUUGUUUACACAAGGCAAAGAGAAACAUGAUAUUCAGACACUUGCCAAAUAGAAUAAUUAUAGCACAAAUACUGUAAAGGUGCCUGGCACCACAACUUGAGAAAGUGUUAAAAAAAUAAAAUUUAAAAAGUGUUACAAGGUUAAAAAAAAACCAUCUUUGCUAAUUUUUAGUCCUGUUGAACAGUCAUGGAAUUGUUAAUAUGACUUAUAUAGAUCCACACAGGUUUUAUUUUUAUGUCUUUAAAAUAAAAGUCCAAAAUAUUUAAAUUUUAUGGUCAAAUAUGCAGUCAACAGCUGCUACUCUUUUCUUUAUAUAUUAAAUUUCUCAUAUGUCUUUUAUUGUUCUGAUAAACCUAAGCUUGUGUGACCUCCAGUGCAUAUUAGACCAUUCACUGUAUGAAAGAAAACAUGUUGAAUCAAUUUGUGCGUUUUUAAUAAAAAUAGAAAAUCUGAUGUUUAGAUAAUUGGUUUGUUAUUUGAUGUUUUAACACUAGUUUACCCCCUUUUGAAACCAGGAGGAAAAGAGGUAGGGUUAUCUCUCUACCUGGGCUUUUAGCUGAACCUGGGCUUGCUA